UCAAAGUUUAAUUGUAGAAAAAUUUCACUAGAAAGGGACUUCCUGAUAUCCAGGGAGAUCCUGAUAAAUAUUUCGAAAAGAAAUUACUUAUCACGAGAAUUCUCUCGUACAUCACGAUCCGGAAAAUGCAAAACGUUAAAAAUUCACGAGUACCUUUCAUUCGGAGCGCACGAGCCACUCUUACUCGUCUCACUUUUACACACGCGUGUGAAUACUUUAUAGGGCAUAAAAAGUACCGCAGCAGCGCACUUGGUUGCAAAUCGUUGAAAUCGCAUGAGGGAAGUGGAUCUCCCCCCUUUUCACAGACGGGCGAGUCAAGAGGGGGACUCUUGGAGAAAAAGGGCGGAUUAGAAAGGAUGCGAAGGAGGAAAGUCACGGUUCUCUCGACGUGAUACGAGGGGGAACACGAAAGAAAGGAAGGGUGCUGGGAGAGGAAGUGGGCGAUGGUGCGGUCGGGUCGGGGUGGCGGUGGUGGGUGGUGGUGAUGGUGGUGCGGAAGGGUCGCGCCGCGACGUCGCGCGAGGGCGGACCAUCAGUUCGCGUUCGAGCGGCCGCCGAUAUGGGUGAUCGGUCGUUCGGGCCGCAUUCUCUCGUUAUCCCCUGCGAUUCUGCGGUCUCGCGAUAGAAAUUGUGUCCAAGAGACACGUGUCGAGAGGUGAUCGAAGGCCAGGGAGUGCGUGGUGCGUGACAUGACGUGCGAAGCCGGUCGACCGACAGGAUGGUCACUGGUGCAGUCUACACGAAUGUGGCUAAGGACUUGAAUGCAUCCGCGAUCAAUAUUUAUUAUCACUUCCGAAUGCCGAUUUUUUUCUACGUGUUACAUCGACAGACUGGUAUCGAUCGUGUAAAGCUAAUUUCGUAUCAAGUUCAUGUGUAAUUUUGAGCGUGAAGGAAGAUUGAUUAGGUCACAGAGUCUUGUAUGUAAAUGCAGCAUCUAGCCAUUACGUUAUUAAUAUUUAUGGGCAAAGAACAGGAAGGUGAUGUAUCUCAGACAUCGCUAUAAUUUUCCAGUGGCUAAAAAUCAGUUCGAUGAUGAGAAAUUCCUGAUAUAAUAGAUAUUAUGCGUGUGACAUUUUAUCUAAUAUCAUCAUAAAAGUGACUGCGAGGAACUUUAGUCGUAUGAAAGUACGAGAAAUGGUGAACAAACCUGAAAGAAGAAUUGCAACGAUAAGACGGGGCAAGACAAUGGUGAAGUCAUGGUGUCACAUCACUUCGUGGUGUGAAGUAACGUGCGUACCUGAGCCUAAAGUCAUGGCCAAGAGUAUCGUCAAGAACAGCGACGGUGGAUGUCCCUUGCAUUGGGUUGACAAUCCCACCGGGCAACCGAGGCAUCUUCUUCGAGUGGUUGUCUUCUAUUUAACCAUAUUGGCGAUAUUAUGGUGUAUGCCUACCUGUCUCUAUCAUCGGAUUUCCGAGACUGGCCAGGCAGUAGUGUUGACAUUGGUGGACACCGCGGCGGCGGAAUUGCAGAAUCUGGCCGAGCCGAAGAUCGAUCGCGAUUUUUCCUCGAGGUCGUCCAUCAAAAAUUCCUCGCUAUUGAACGAUAACCAAAGGCAGACCGAGCAUAUAAAAGAGAUCGUUGUGCCGACGACGCAGAUUCAACCACCAUUGAUGGUCGACGAGACGACGACGACGACGGAGCGACCGAAUGACACGGAGGCCCUCGAGGACAACGAGGAAGUGCUUCUGCUGAAAAAAAUAUCCACCGAAGAAGCGCCGGAGGUCGUGGUGAUCGUUAGAGCGGAGCAGAAAGUCAAUACGGACGAGUUGGAAUCGAGAGUCGAGGAGGAGCUCGGCCAAGUUCAGGUGCCGGAGGAGUUGUCUUCGAAGGUCGACGAGACAUUUACCACGGCACCGGAACUGAAUGAUACAGCGGCCAGAGCACAAUUGAUCGGUGGUAGUAGAGAUGAAACUGCAGCGGUCAUCUUGGAUGGACUCGUUUCUUCGGGUCCUUCCGACCCACAUGAGGAUAUACCAUCUUUCAGCGAGUGGGCCCAGAAACGUUUGGAGGAGGCUGAGAAGAAGAAAACUCAUCCAAAUGCUUCCGUGCAGACUCCGGGUGGUCCAGGCCGAGGCGUAAGUGGCAUGAAGAUUCGUUCCAAGAAUUAUGCUUCUCCCGAUUGCGGCGCCAAAAUCGUGGCAGCUAAUCCUGAAGCGAAUAGCGCUAAAAACGUUUUGGUGUCCACACGGGACGAGUACAUGCUGAACGCUUGUACGUCGCGCGUCUGGUUCGUUGUCGAACUUUGUGAGGCGAUCCAAGCGAAAAAGAUCGAGCUAGCAAAUUUUGAGCUCUUCAGUUCAUCGCCGAAAGAUUUCUCCGUAUAUGUGAGCGAUCGUUUCCCCACUAAAGAUUGGAGUCCAGUUGGUCAGUUUACCGCUAAAGACGUGAAAGAUAUUCAGAGUUUUGCUCUGCACCCUCACUUCUUUGGUAAAUUCAUCAAGGUUGAGCUACAAUCGCACUAUGGCUCGGAACAUUUCUGUCCUGUCUCGUUGUUUCGCGCUUAUGGUACCAGCGAGUUCGAAGUGUUGGAAACCGAGACGGAGAAUCAGAUUCUACAAGAGAGGAAUACGGAGGACGACGACGAUGAGGAUAGCGACGAGGAGGAGCUGUUGAACAGUGAGGGCGGUGAUCCACCAAGAAACUUAUUCGGUAGCGCGCGCGAUGCUGUAAUAAGUCUUAUGAAAAAAGCCGCAGAGGUUUUAGUGAAGUCUAGCGAUCUCACUGGGAACAAUAUCACGGAAAUUCAGCAGAGUAUUGAUGAUGGUAAUAUCUUGAACAACUCAUACACGAGCUGUACGACGCCUAGAUAUACAAUUCUCUGCGGUAAUUGCACCGAUCAAAAGUUUGCCAGCGUUUUUCAAUUGGUCAGUUGCAGAGAUCGGCAGUUGAACGAUUUGCUUAAGAUCGAUUUGGUGAACAGAACUCUGAGACGGGGAAGAUUAUGUAGUUUUCACGGUGUGGAGAUCGAGUCGUCUUGGCAAGAAAAAAAGGAAGACAUAAAUUAUAAUGAUACGACGCGAUUUAAUUUGGCGGAAGAUCUCCAAGCAAUUUUUUUAGCUUCCGUUUUUAAACCCGAAUACAUUGUAGCACUGUGUAAUGUUCUAGCAACAAGAGACCGUAAGGUAGUGAUGAACACGAGUUACGAAAUUCCCGUGAACAAUUCUGAGAACGCUGCCGGAGAGAAUAUUCUAUCUACUAAGACCGAUAAUAGUGAUGCCACUUCUCAUCAUCAAGCAUCUGUUACAUGUACUUCAGAUUCAAAUUCUCCUGCUUGCAAAUCUGCCACGUUUCCCGGCAAGGAAUUAUUGGGUCAGGAUAUUAAGAAUGAAGAAACCGAAGAUAUCAAUUUUGCAUCCAAAAUAAAGACUUCUGCCAGCAUGGAUAGUCUGGCAUCGCAAAUCAAACCCACGAAGACACUCAGCAAGGAGGAUAUGAAGAAAGAAUCUUCCGUACCGAUCUUGGAACCCAGUAAGGAACUUACAGAGGAGACAUUGCAGCCAGAAGUGCUGACAACUGUUCCGCCGCCGUCUGAUCCAACGUCAACAUUGAAAAUUGUCGAAGAACCGAUUGUGGGAACUGCUGUCGAGAUGACGUCAAAAAUUAUAAAUAGUCCGUCGACGAACUCGUUUGACAAUCAAAAAACUGGUGAUACUCUCGUGCCUGAUACAGAAAGUGGCGAGGCUAUUGUUCAAAUCAAAACAAACAAAUCGGAAAAUGGCGAGCAAGAUGGGAAACAGAUGAAAGAUUUGAACGAGCAAGAAGUUCGAUUGUCAUCUCAAGAUCAUCUUACGCUAGAUACAUUAUUUUCUGAUUUGGAGGGUGACACAGUUAACAUUCAGAAUGGGGCAUCUAGUUCGUCAUCAAUAACCCAACCUACAGCAAGUGCUGCGCCUCAGAAGGAGUCUGUUUUUCUUCGACUGUCCAAUAGAAUCAAGAUUUUAGAGAGGAAUAUGUCACUCAGUGGUCAAUAUCUGGAAGAAUUAAGUCGUCGUUACAAGAAACAAGUCGAAGAAAUGCAGCGCUCAUUAGAACGCGCAGUAGCUGCUAUGGGUGAGGAGUCUCGAAAGGGUGAGGAACGCGAAGCCAAGAGGGUGGAAGAGAUCGCUACUUUAAAAGAGGAAAUCGCUAUACUUUCGAAAUCAGUCGAAAUUCUUCUUUAUGAUCGUGACAGCUGGCGAAGUCGAAUAUCCGCUAUUGUUCAGCAUGCUUUAUUGAUCUGUUUAGAAGUCAUUGUUAUCAUUGUGAUUCUCUCUUACUGUCGUAGAGGAGAUUUUGAAGAGGAAGAGAAAUUGCAAUCUAAUACAAAAAAGGAGAACACGCGUCGAAAAAGUGCGGAGAAUUUUAGUUCUCACACCGCUACGAAGAAAACGAAAAAACGGCGACCUAGCGAGAUCGCUUCUCACAUUAGUGGCACAUAUCACGAGCUGAUGAUCGACGACCAACCCCAUGAGACAAGAAAGGAGCGAAAAAAGAAACGUAAAAAGGAAAUAGUUUCUGCCGGAAUUAAAACAGGAAUUAAUGUCGAUGCAAAGCAAGAAAUAAUUCGUCAUAAGAGUGUAUUGAAUGUGAUCCCUGAUGGUACAACAUUGUCAUCGAGAAGAGCAUCAUCCAUAGAACCUUCACAUUCUAAAGACUCGCAGAACUUGAUUGACAAGAGGCCAGAAUCUGCACCAGAGGCUGUCGUAGGUUGGUUCGACGAUCAAAUAGACAAGAGAGAACGAAUCGCGCAGCCUGCAUUGCCGAAAAAUAAAGUCUUUAAGAUAGAAUCAGAUUCCGAACUUGUUCGUCAAGACGACGAACUCAGCGAAUCUAAUUCAUCGUCAAUGACUGGGCACAGAUCUGUUGAAGGAUUGGCUACGAUCGAAUCGAAGAUCGGGGGAUCGAAGAAUGGUUCCUUUAGAACCAGUGGUAUUCUUAAGAGCGCGAAAUUAAGUUCGCCGUCUUUCAUGAAGACUGCUUUGAGUACGAGAAAUAAAAGAAAGUUUUCUUCAAACUCUAUCGAAAAGUGGGAGUGGAGCCAGGAUUUAGAAUAUUCAAACGAUAGGUCUUUCCCAUUUAGUUCCGCAGGUUUGAAGACAUUGUCACAGACCAUCGACGGUAACAUCAAUGGUAGAACCGCAAACGGUUUAAUCGAGGAAAGCGACGAAUCUGGGAGCAGUAAUGUUACACCUAUAUCGAGCAAAAAGGAGAAAAGAAGCGCUGGUCUAAAAAAAAUGGUAAGAAAAUUUUUCUGAUUGAAAUAGACCUAUACACAGACUGAAUAUCGAUCUUUGCGUCGAAUUGCCAUAUAAACUACAGGUAGGGUUUAUUCAUUAUCGUGUGAUGAAGUGAUUGAUUUAAAUGAGACUAAGACGAAAAAAUACGAAGCAAGAUUGGAUUAAAGAAUUUUAUGAAUUUAUAACUAAAUAUAAAGUAAAUACAUCUCUCACAUCUUAUAGAGUAUGGCAGGUUGAAGAUGAAUGAAUGAAAUUAUAAAAACUUCAUAGAAUAUGUGAAUGCGAUAUAUGAAUAAGUUUUCGCACGAUUUUUAUAAUUAUCAAUCUUAAUUGUACAUAGAUUAGCAAGCUCUGUGUUAAUUGAUUUGAACUAAUUAAUGUUGAAUUCUUUUCUUGCUCACAGUUACAUAUAAUUUGGAAACUAUCGUACUUUUGAAAGAGAUGAAUUCGAAAUAACUUUUAUAAAAUUUCCAAGUGCUACAAAUCAAGGUGGAAAAUCAUUAAGCGUAAUUGCUCAAAUUCGAAAGUUUCUUUCAUCGCUUUCAUUUAUUAUUGUAGCUGAUUUCUCCUUUUUUUGCUUUUUUGAAAACAAUAUGCAACUUAACCGUUUACGUGUAGAAAAAAGAAAUGAGAUAGCAGAAAGGAGAGUAUAUAACAGUGAAUAAAAGUCAAAACUGUAAAGACAACAUUAACAGCAUGUGUCUUGUUCGAUCACUUGGAAAGCACGAAUAUCGAAGAUAUUUAGAAGAGAAUAUAGAUAUAUUUGGAAGCGAGACGAAUUAUUCUAAAUGAAUUGUUGGGUGAAUUAUAUUGUAAAUAUAUAUAUUGCGUUGAUUAAUGCAGAGAGAAAAAGAGAUAAAAUUGUUAUGUUCUACUAGUUUUUUAAUUAUACUUCUAAAAUUCUUUGAUGCAUACAGAUGAAUACAUCGGAAUAUUUUUUGUUUAUAUAUGACAAUACGCAGUUUCAUGCACUAUGAUUACCGUUUUAUUUCAACAGUUUUAUAUCAACAAUAAUCGUAUCAUACGUAACCAAUAUGCGCCCGCGCAUAUUACAAAAUGCAAAGAAAUACAUAGAAGUUUGUAGAGGUAAACUUUAAUUGCGUUAAUUGUUACAAGCGUGAGAUUAGCCCACCGUCAUGAGAGAUAAGUAAAAUGAAAUAUAAAUAUAUUAUUUUAUAUAUAGAUUAUUUUUAUGUAGAAUAUAUAUUAUAUAUUAUAAUGAAUGGAUCGUAAUUGAAAUGCAACGAUAAAAACUGCAACAUGGAAUACAUUUUUAUAUUUUUAUUUUAGAAUUCAAUUUUUAUUCAUUAAUCAUAAUCAAAGACAUGGAAAAAUAAAGUGUUAGGAGUAAAAUCUUAGGACAUUAGCAAUAGUCACAUUCAUUAUAAUGUGUAAUUAAAGAGAAUUAAUUUUUGUUGCCAGUGAUGUAAAUGGAUAUGAAAUAGGAUCAAAUGGUAGAAAAUCAGAUAAAUCCAUAAAAUCUCUUAAUUUCAUCGAUUAACAAUUAG